UUAUCCAAACACGCCGUAAGUCUUGUAUAGGCCCUGUUUUGCUCACCUCGUUUUCAUUUUCAGGAAGAUCAAGUUCAGGAAAAAUAAGGGCUACCCAAAUUCAACUUAAAACUAAAAUAAAUUUUAAUAUGUCGUAUAGUAAAAAAUAGGUGAAAAGCACGCAGCCUUAGUGCUUGCAUAGGGUUAUAAUAUUGUAACUAAGAAUUUUUUUUUCAUACUUUUGUUUGAUUUUCUCUCCCCCUCCCAACCCUUCUUUCUCCGGUAUACUCUCUUAAGUGAGUUUCUUUUCUCUCCUACAUUUCAUCUGAUUCCCAAAUCCUACUCCUAAUUCUCUCUCGAACUGUUUAACUCCCCAUAUCUAUCAACACAUCACAGAUGGGAUGGCCCGCUAUUGAAUCUGGCUUUUACAAGAAUCAUUUUUUAUAAAUUAAUUGAUGGCAGGUCCUAGCCUGGCUUGUUAUGUUAGUGGGUGGAUAAUGACACAUAAAAAAUAAAUGCAGGCAAACUCUACAAUCCCUCAUUGAGUAAUGAGAUUUGAGUGAGCUUUUUAUUAGGCUUGUCCUUAGCAAAAAUUCUGCUGUAAACUCUGAUGUUCUUUGCCUGAAUUUUGAAUCGUUGGUAGAGGUGGCUUCAAAAUUUGUGUCAACAUAAGGGAUUGAAUGGAGAAAAUUUCUGCUACAUUUGCUAUGGGCUGGAGCAUUGAACUUGAAAAAGGCCUUCGGUCCAGAAAACCAGGUAAUCCUAUUGAAUCAAUAAAUCUGAUUGGUCCUAGACUAAAGCAGUGGUGUAUGGAGCCACAACCCACUUUAGCUAUGUAUAACAUGUUCAGCUUAGUUCCUGGAGAAGAUAGACUUUUUGCAGAUGCGAUUCUCCUCAGGCUUGCAGACACGUUUGUUUCUGGGGACAGAGACAUGAAGAUUUCUGUCAUAAGAGUGUUCUUGUCAAUUUUGAGGCACUGCAAGAGGAAAGAUGGGCAAGCACUUGGAUUCUUUUCAAACAUGGACGAGGAUAACAAAAUGGAAUAUUUGAGAAGAGUUAAAGUGGUUCUUACUGCUGAGAGUGUUGAGUCCAGAGCAUUAGCUUUAAUUUUGCUUGGGUGUUGUGCUGAGCUUGCUAAAGAUGUUGCUGAAAUACGACAUGCGAUACUAUCUGCUUUGUAUUCUUGUCAUAUUUUGGAGGUCAAGGCAUCACUGUUUGCAGCUGAAUACUUUUCAGAAAUAUCAGAUGACUUUGGGUUUGUUUUCUUGGAGAAUCUUCUCAAACAUAUAAAAUCACCAAAAACCUUGCCAGCUCUAAGAAUUGCCGGAGCACGAACUUUUCCUAAAAUGGGAUGCUCAGUUUUACUUGCAAUGAAAUCAUACAAGGCUGGUGCAGAACUUAUAAGAAAAACUUUGGAAGAGGAUAUUUUGGCCACUAUGUUGAUCUCUCUCACAAAACUUUCUUUGAAAGCAUCCAUUCUGAUUUCUGAUCAGGUAGGCUUGCUUAGUUCAUUUCUUGUUCAGAACACAAGUUUACGUUUGCAGGGUAUAGUGCUUAGAUGCGUGCGUUAUAUUGGAGAGCACGCAGCAUGCUUUCUACCUGUUAGUGCUUUUCCAUUUCAGAAUUUGUUCAGAAUGCUUGAUGAACCAAAUCUGCCUUCUGCUUUGCAUUGUGAAGUGUUGCAUAUUUUUCUCAAGAUGCUUGCAUAUGGGAUGCUUGAUAUGCUUUUAAAUGAUGUUGAUGAGUUCAUGAAGCUAUUGGGAUAUGUUGAGGAUGCAACUCGAUCCCCAAUACCUUCUGUAAGAUUCUUAGCUUUUCAAAUCUUAGUAAGUAUAUCUGAUAAGCUGAAGGGAAGAGAUGAGCUAAUGUUGGAGGAUAAUCCUAUUAUUACUUAUCCCACUGGAGUUGUCUCAGUUAUCAGUGAUCAGAUAACUGUAUUGGUGAGGCUGGUGCUUGAUGGGACCUCUAACUCUCAAGUAGAGCAAGAACUAGGAAGCAUGCUCAAAUUGCUACUUUUAUUGGUUGAGAAUCAUACAGAAUUAAGUGCUUUCAUACUGGAUAAACUGCACUUCAUAAUCAAGAAUAUGGCAGAAUCGCAAAACAUACCUUUGUCUGCAAUACAGAAUCCUGAGGUACACAAAGUUGUUGAUACAAGAUCAAAACAAAAUUGUUCUAUGCAUGUGUUGAUGUUUUACAUCUACAGAUUUUUGGUGGCUUUCCUGGAAACUCUGGAGGAUUCGUGUGCUAUGACAAAUGAAACAUCUUGCAAAUUAAAACUAAUGGUGUCCUUUAUUUGUGACAACAAUUUAUUUGAUUGUUCUACCCACACAUUCUUUGCCCUUCUUCUGCAUGCCCUUGUCAACUGGAACCAUCUCAUGCCUGAGGAUAAGUCUGGCAAUUCUGUUCAAAGACUGAGUGGGUCUCCUAGUAAACUGGUUGAAAGUGAUGCAUUUAUCUAUGUAUGCGCAGAAAACAUGCUCACAGGAGGAUAUAAUUGGUGUGCUUACAAAGCUGGAAGAUAUGCAUCCUGUAAGGGGCAAUGGGAUGUGGCAAGUUUUAUAUUUCAACAUCUGGAAGCAAAGGUUCAGUCUGAACUUUGUUGCCAGUGGUUAAAAUUCUUAGUUAAGUUUUCCCAUUCUGAGAAGAAUGUGAAGGUGCUGCUUCAGAAAGGAUCUUGCUGUUUGCUUCUGGACCAUGUCUUGGUGCCAUUGGCUGUGGAUGGGUACAUUGAAAAACUUGUUAAUGUGUUUGAUGAUACUUCUUCAUCUGUCAAGAUUUUGGAAGCCAUUUCUUUACAAACGCAAACCAUUUGUUUCCAAAGGUGGUUCAUGACAUUGAGACAGAAGGUUCUACUUGUAAUGGUGGAUAUGAUGAAACUCUUAAAUGAUUGUCUAUUUCCCAAAGCAGGCGCCGAGAGCAGUAGGAGCGCUGGGGAAAGUGAUUUUACUGAUGGCAAACCUAUUGUUCUAAAGAUGAAAGACAUGAUGUCUUCUGCGGUUCGAGUAUCUGCAAGACUAGCUAGUAUGGCAAAGGAAUAUGAUAUGAUUUCCUCGUCUUUUGUCGACUUAGACUCCAGAAGCUUCAAAGAAAUUUCAGCCCUUGCAUUCGGUUGUUCAAUGUUGGCCUUCUGCACGGAGUUCAUCAUUUUGAUUCCUAAUUCACCUGAUUUUGUCGAUCUGACAAAAGAAUCAGGUUAUCGCCAGGGUGUCAUCAUAAAAGACUUAGCUGUGCGUUUGUGGCAUACGGACUCGGAGAUCUGUAAAAAUCUAAUGUCACUCUUAAAAGAAUGCCAAAUGCCUGAGAGAUCUUUGCAUUUUCUGUCUGGACAUGGGAUACCAAAAGUUAAUCAUGUCUCAGAAGAUCUUCUUACAUUGUGUAGAUCUAGUGUUAGGCGGUUAAUGAAAUUGCAAAAUGAGCGCAUGAGUGCAGAAGAUGAGGAUGCAAUGUGGCAAGCUUAUAAGGAUCGUACGCAACUCCUGUUGAAUAUAGUUGAAGCAUGGAUCCAUAUACCUUUCCGGGUUCCCAAGUAUUUUUUCAGAUUAAGGCCUACUGUGGGUUCUUUUCUUAUUUCUCUAAGUGCUGGUAGUAGAAAAGAAAAUGAGAUUUGUGUCUCUCGGGGAUCCCAACUAGCUCUCAAUCUGUGUAUUCAGCUUAAGAAUGUGACAUCAGACGUCUGCUCAAGAUUCUCCAAGGUCCAUUGCAUCCUUUCAUGUAAAGCAUCAUCUUUGGGGACAAGGCGUAAUAGACAGCCCAGUGGAAAAGGGUGGACAAGUUAUCAAGAAUCGGAAACAGGUAUUUUGAUAGAACUGAGUAAGAAAUUGCAGUGCCAUGUCAAGAAGCGGACCAGAGAAUUCUUGAAUUGUGGGGAUGAUCAAAGUGAUAGUGAGACAGUGGAGACGUGUGUAUGUUUCGAAACAAAUGGCUCAGUACAAGGGUUCUCGACUUGCCUGCUGGAUGUUUCUGCCUUUUCUGUUGGUUCCUACAGAAUUCAUUGGCUUAGUGGGGGUGUUGACCAUCAAGGAGCUUGUUGGAGCUUCUUGCCACUAAGUCCCUGUCCUCAGUUCAGUGUGACAGAAUCAUCUUCUGAAAUGUGGUGAUGUAACUUUUUUUACCAGGCAUGUAGAGGUUAGUUUAGUUGGUGUAAAAUUUUGUUGUGAUGGAACCGUCAUCAUAUCAUCUCUGAUGUUGUUGUGCAGAUCUGUGCUCUUCAUAUUUUCUAGGGAAUUUAGCUUUUUUUUUUUUUUUUUUUUGAGGAAAAGUGAGCAAGCAUUAUAAUUGUAAAUCAAGAUCCAUCAAAGUAAGAACCCUUUGAGGGAAAGAGUUCAUACAAAAUAACUUAGAAUUA